CGGGUAUGUGUACACAGAAGGUAGACCUCGCCUUUUGGUUUUGCCGCGCCAGGUCACCUCGUCUUGAGGACAACUGUAACCAGGAGUCUAGUGCCACUCCAUUGUUAAUAGCCAUACGCUCAGCAUUUCCUCCACCAUCCUUCCCCGACCACUUCUACGUCCUGCCACAAUGGCUCCCAAGACGAUCCGGCUCGGGACCGCUUCCCCUGGAACGCAGGCUAACACAGCUGAAACCCUGACCCAGCUCGAGCAGCUCGCUCGGCGAGCCGCGUCGAAGAAAGUUGACAUUCUCCUUCUGCCAGAAGCUUACAUUGGCGGCUAUCCCCGCGGCACUCACUUUGGAUGUGUCAUUGGCUCCCGAUCUCAGGAAGGCCGCGAUGAGUACCUGAGCUAUUUCCAGAGUGCCGUGGACCUCGGUGACACUGUCGGGGAUGGUGCCGGUGCUGGGCAGGCGUGGGUGGACAGGCAGCUGCCGAGUGAUAUGGUCGCUGGCUCCGAGGGCGAGAAGGAUGUCCCCAACAGGCGGGGCGAUGGCACGCGGGAAGUGUUGGAGAGAAUCGCGUUGGAGACUGGAGUGUUUAUCGUCACAGGCCUGAUCGAGAAAGCCGGAGGUAGUCUUUAUUGCUCAGUCGUCUAUGUGUGCCCGAAGAGGGGCAUCAUCGGCAAGCGAAGGAAGGUCAUGCCUACCGGAACAGAGAGGCUAAUUUGGGCCCAAGGCUCGCCCGCCACUCUCCGCGCGGUGUCGACAACCAUAAGGGGUAUUCGCAUCAACCUAGCAGCAGCCAUCUGCUGGGAGAACUACAUGCCCCUGGUCCGGCAAGCCCUCUACGCCCAGAACAUCAACCUCUACCUGGCUCCGACCGCAGACGGCCGUGACACUUGGCUGUCCUUGCUCCGCACAACGGCCAUCGAAGGCCGCUGCUUCGUCGUCAGCUCCAACAUGUGCGUGCGCAAUACACCCACAACCUCACCAGCGACAAACGGCAACACCAUCCACCCUGAAAACGGAACCCUACGCGACGGGUCCCCCUUCACCCACAGCGGCACGCACCACCGCCGCCACUCCGUUCUUGACGAAAACGGCAACGAGAUUGUGCUCCCCUGUUCCCCGCCUCCACGCACCACCUCCCGCGGCCGAACAAGACGCCAAUCCGUCUUUGACGAGGACGGCAACGAGAUCGUCCUGUGCUGUGGGAAACGACAGGACGACAAACCGGCCACUACUACUUCAGCCGGCACUACCACCACCACCUCCACCCCGCCAGUAACAAACACAACAGCAUCAACGAACACAGCAGCAGGGAAAGAGUCAAGAACGCCUGGUUUUGUCUCUCGAGGCGGAUCCGUAAUUGUUGGCCCAAUGGGCGACGUCCUAACAGGACCGCAAUGGGAAGACGACUCAGGAAUCAUCUUCGCAGACGUCGACUUCGAGGACUGCAUUCGAGGCAGGCUCGACCUGGACACGGCAGGGAGCUACUCGCGCAAUGACUCGUUCCGGUUCGAGGUCAGGGGUUUGGACCUUUCGCCACUUCCUUACUGAGUUUUCCCAAUAUUUGGCUUGCAACGUGGGAGGCGAUACAUCGUGUGAAGGAUGCGGGGAUUAAUCUUGAAUUUCUGGAGUCGUGGUUGGCAUAUCAUAUGCGAGCAAGUAACUAGUUAGUGACAGGUUCCAGGUUGGCUCAGCAAGGCGCAAGACGGAGCGCGGAACAGAGCGUUGGGUAUCGCAGAUUGCAUUGCAUUGUGCUGGCUGUAGGAGGUAAUGGCCAAAGGAACCUCGUAUAUGCAUGCACAAUG